GGGGCCUGCGCUGGUGCUGGGUCCAGCCGGGCUCUCAGCCAGCGGCGUAAACUCUGCUGGGGCUCAGCGGCCGAGCAGGCAUUUACACUGGUGGGGAGACGCCCAGAAGCGAGCUUUUGAAGCUGGAGAAAUCCGAAAACAGAAGCUAGUCCCCGCUCCGAAUUUUACUGAUGAAGAAGCUGAGCCCACAGAGCUAAGUGACUUUGCCCAAGGUCGCCCAGGUGCUUCCUGAGGAGCAGGGUCAUGCUCACAUUCAUGGCCUCUGACAGUGACGAAGAAGUGUGCGAUGAGCGAACAUCCCUGAUGUCAGCUGAGAGUCCUACACCACGCUCCUGCCAGGAGGGCAGACAGGGGUUGGAGGAUGGAGAGAACACUGCCCAGCGGAGGAACCAUGAUAGCGAGGAGGACUGUGAAGAGGACCCUGACCACUACGACUGCAGUGGGGUCCCUGGACGGCCACCAGGCCUGGAGGAAGAGCUGACCCUCAAAUAUGGGGCAAAGCACGUGAUCAUGCUGUUUGUGCCUGUCACACUGUGCAUGAUUGUCGUGGUGGCCACCAUCAAGUCCGUGCGCUUCUACACAGAGAAGAAUGGACAGCUCAUCUACACUCCAUUCACCGAGGACACUCCCUCAGUGGGCCAGCGCCUCCUCAACUCUGUGCUGAACACCCUCAUCAUGAUCAGUGUCAUCGUGGUCAUGACCAUCUUCUUGGUGGUGCUCUACAAGUACCGCUGCUACAAGUUCAUCCAUGGCUGGUUGAUCAUGUCCUCUCUGAUGUUGCUGUUCCUAUUCACUUAUAUCUACCUCGGAGAAGUACUUAAGACCUACAAUGUGGCUAUGGACUACCCGACCCUCUUCCUGACUGUCUGGAACUUUGGGGCAGUAGGCAUGGUGUGCAUUCACUGGAAGGGCCCCCUGGUGCUGCAGCAGGCCUACCUCAUCAUGAUCAGCGCCCUCAUGGCCUUGGUAUUCAUCAAGUACCUCCCAGAGUGGUCUGCAUGGGUCAUCCUGGGUGCCAUCUCUGUGUAUGAUCUUGUGGCUGUGCUGUGUCCCAAAGGGCCACUGAGGAUGCUGGUGGAAACUGCCCAAGAGAGAAAUGAACCCAUAUUUCCUGCCCUGAUAUACUCAUCUGCCAUGGUGUGGACAGUGGGCAUGGCAAAGCUGGAUCCCUCCUCUCAGGGAGCCCUCCAACUCCCAUAUGACCCGGAGAUGGAAGAAGACUCCUAUGACAGUUUUGGGGAGCCCUCAUACCCUGAAGUCUUUGAACCCCACCUGCCUGGCUACCCAGGGGAGGAGCUGGAAGAAGAGGAGGAAAGGGGUGUGAAGCUCGGCCUGGGAGAUUUCAUCUUCUACAGCGUGCUGGUAGGCAAGGCGGCAGCCACAGGCAGUGGGGACUGGAACACCACGCUGGCCUGCUUUGUUGCUAUUCUCAUCGGUUUGUGUCUCACCCUCCUGCUGCUCGCUGUGUUCAAGAAAGCGCUGCCUGCCCUGCCCAUCUCUAUCACCUUCGGGCUCAUCUUCUACUUCUCCACUGACAACCUGGUGCGCCCUUUCAUGGACACCUUGGCCUCCCACCAGCUCUACAUCUGACCAGGAGGACAUACAGCCACAGGGCUGGAAGCUGUAGGCAAACUUCACCAGAUGCAGUUGUAUAGUUUUACACUCUAGUGCCAUAUAUUUUUAAGACUUUUCUUUCCUUAAAAAAAAGAAGAAAAAAGUAUUGUGUUUACUUCAUGACAAGGAAGCAAAGCAGCUUUUUGGUGCUAGCUGUUUUGUCAUCAGACUGUGACUCACCCAUGUGAGCACCUCACCUAUGGGACACACGACAAGUUUAUGCUCAUGAACUGAGAGGAUCACAUGGAGUGGGACCAGGCCUGGUGAAGGACACCCAUUUCCUGUCGAGGCCUGGAGUCCUCCAAAGGUCAAGAGGAAGGGAGGUGCACAUUGGUGGGGGUCAGGAGUCCAUGCUCAGGAAAAGCGCUAACCACCUGGUCACUCCAGCCAAGAAGAAAAGCCAGUUCCCCGUCAGGAAUUUCCCAGUGCUUUGUGAUGUUAUUUUAUUAUCUUUAGAAACUGAGUCCUGUUCUUGGGGCAGUUACUGCUGGGAAGUGGCUUAAUAUUAAUAUCAAUAAAUAGAUGUCUCCUGUUA